CGGGAGUUAUUUGUAACCGUGAUACUCUCAACACUGGGCUUCUGAAAAUCAGUAUCCCGAACAGAGCAAUUGUAAUUUUAGUAUUAUAAUCCAUAGAACUUCAGAUUUCUGGUAUCUGAGUCUGAUUUAGCUCAUGGUCAAGUCGUUGUUACGCCAUUCCGUUUCUCAGAACGGAUCGCGAGCUCGCUCCUUCCUAUGCCGCGCCGCGCCUCGCCUUCCUCUCCCUCCCUGUCCAGCCAGCUAGCUCCCAGCUAGGCGGUGCUCUUCCCCGACUGCUCCCGGCGCUCGUCGAGCUCGCGAGUCUGCUGGGUCGUCCCUACCGGCGCUCCAGGUGAGUAGGGUUCCAAGGAUUGGACAACUCUCAUUGCUUGUAUUUGCAAGGUCGUCUGCCUUUGAUCUGCAUCCAAGGUGGCGAAAAUCUAGAAAAUUUAGCCGGCGAAAAUCUGCCGUUUUCAGUCCUGACUACCAAAUCCAGUGGCAUCCAAGGUGGAGCCGAACCGGCUUGCUGCCCAUAUAGGUGAUGCGCACUGCUGACCAAACAGAAUUUUCAUUUGUUCAUGUAUGGGAGAGUUUUCCUUCACAAAAACAAGUCCAAUGAGCAACAAUAGGAACUCCCCACAUUUCAAUAGCAGCUCUCUCUUUCAACUGGCAUUGGUUUCAGACAGGGAAUUAUCAGGUGCUCACUUUUCUCCUGGCGCCCCUUGAGCAGCUCGUCGUAGGAUCCUUCGCUGCGGCCAUGGAUAAAUCACCAAGAUCAAUUCGUAUCGGAUCUGGACCUGCUAGGGCCGAGACACGCAAAGAUGUCGCAGAAGCUGCCGAUGGGAUUAGGCGCACAUGCAUCGUCGACACGAGCAAAAUUGAUUAUGGCACUAGUAGAUUACGUCCGCGCCAUCGAUUAUGUAGCACACAUGAUCCGGCGCAGAGAUAUAAUCGAGUUUGGGAUGGUCUUUUAGACGCCAUUAGACAGAUGCAGUCAUCUGCCGAUGAGUUGAGGAAGUUGAGCCGCCGCAAUCAUGUGCCUGAGUAUUAUGAUAUGGUGCACAAGAAUUGCUUGAUUAAUGCCAUGAGUGAUGUUAGUGAAAUUGCAAAAGGUCUAGACACUAUGAGCAGGGAUUUGGAGGAAGUUCUUAUUGGUCCGCAACCUCUAAUUGAGGAUUACGAAGCCCUUGGAAUGUACGAUGAUUUCAAAUCUGAUGUUCAUUGUGAUUGUUAUGAGCAGUGUGGUUCGGAUGAAGACAACUCUUCUUUUGACUCGGAUGAGAUCAAUGAUCGUCGUUUAUCACAUAUGAAUGAGCCUAUCUGACCUAUUUGUCUGUGACAGAGUUGCCUCCUGGACAAUAGCCAUGUUUUAAUUUGAUGUAGUAUUCUAUUGGCAAUGUAUUUUGUGAGACUUGUAGUUCAUGAUGUAUUUUUAGUUCAACUUGGUUUCGGCCAUAAUGUAUCUUGAACUUAGUUCAUGUAUCUAAACGAUCUAGCAUGUGAUGGUUGAAAUUAGAACAUCUGUUUUCAG